UCGUCCGUAGGUAAACUGCACAAGCUUCAAUGGCGAAGUUUUUCAACCGCGCUGUGUUAAUUUUAGUCGCGUGCAUCUUAGUAUUCUGUUUAUACGCGUUUUUACUGCAUAAACCGAAACCUUCGGGCGAUGGCUUCCACUGCGACACGAUUCACAUCGGAGUCCUCCACAUCACCACCGGCAUCCCGCUCUUUGAAUUCCUCAAGGUUCUGCUCCACUAUCGCAAUUCCCCCAUCCACUUCCAUUUUUCGGUGAACGCGACCUCGGAGCGAAUGGUGAGGACGCUGUUUGAAACGUGGGGCGUACCUCAAGUGAACAUCAGCACCUACCACACCGGUUCAAAACCGGCGAUCUCAGUGAGGGAAAGGGUCGAACUCUUCCGCAGACCUACACUGCUGCGACACACUAGUAGGCUUAUAAUAAUGGACACGGAUCUGCGGCUCACUGGCGACGUGGACCAACUUUGGAAUAUGUUUCAGGAAACGCUGGUUGUAGGGGUGGUCAAAGAUAACCAGACCCAAGCCAACGUUAUCUUGGCUGAUUUGGAGAAACUGUCGACGAACACGAGCAUAGACGAGCCCCCGCAGCUUUAUUGGAAUUACAUGCGAAAGGUUGCUGAUUUAGGUACGACGAGGGACAUUGGACAUGGUGUACCACCCAGGUUUCUCUCUCGUUGUCAGGGUUUUGGAUACACUACCAAAAUUACGGAGGUUCUCCACUGUGCCAAGUUUCCAGAAUCCAAGUCGAAAACCUACAAGCGUACAACUCUCCUAAUGAUUAGACACUUUGAGUACGCGCCUGGGAGCUCUGACGUCACUCUAGUCACUCAUUUGUCCUAUGACAAGCUGCCAGUGUUCGAGGAUAUGUGUCGGAGGUGGCGCGGUCCGGUGAGCGUCGCCCUUUACAUUGCGGAGGAAAACUUUAGCAAGGCGCUCGACUUCAUCAAAAGGUCCAGCGUUUUGCAUCGGCGCCACAACAUCGCAUACCACGCGGUAAUCACAAGGGGGCGAUUUUACCCCGCAAACCUCCUACGAAACGUCGCACUGCGAAAUGUCGUUACCUCGCACGUGUUCCCACUGGACGUCGAUUUCAUGCCUAACCUACGACUGCAUGAGCUGUUAGUGCCGGAUCUUCUGAAACUGGCCACUCGCCGUAAAGCCUUGGUGGUACCGGCAUUUGCAGUGAAAGGAUUCGACGCGACGAUCCCACUUAUACUGUUCGAAUUAAAGGUAUUCUGGGAGGAGCAAUUGGUUACUCCGUUUCAACCGAAAGAAUUCGCCGCGGGACACCAACCAACCGACUACGACAGACUGCGCUCUGAUACGGAACCGUAUACGGUAAAAUGGAAACGACAAUACGAACCUUACAUAAUUGUACAGAGUAACGUGACGGAAUACGACGAGAGGUUCUUCGGUUACGGGCACGAUAGAAUCUCGCACAUCCUGGAAUUGAACGCUCAAGGCUACGAGUUUGUCGUUUUGCCCAGCACUUUCGUCGUGCACAGGAAUCAUAGCGGAACCUUCGAUUCCAACACAUUCCUAAAUCCCGACUAUCAAGCGUGCGUAAAAUCGAUAGUCGCUCAGCACAUCGCAGCAGUCAACGUUGCGUAUGGCACUCGGUAUGAAUUCGUAUUUUAGUCAGUUGUUUAAUGCAAAUCUUGUGCUGUUAGACAAUAAAGUUGUACCAAAUCACCGCA